AUGUCCAGAAUCAACAAAGAUAUUUUUACGCUAUUUGACAAGCAAGCCAAGGGAUCCAUCAGUAAGGCCCAAGUUGGUGAUUAUUUGAGAGCAAUUGGAUACAAUCCUACCAAUGCGCUAGUGGAGGAAGUUGUCGCUUCUUCAGGUGACGAGUUGACCUUAGGUGAUCUAGAAAAAUUAGUUAAGGAUAACGAAGAGAAGUUGGAGCAAACUACUCAAGGUAAAGUAGAGGAUUUCAUCAAAGCCUUUCAAGUUUUUGACAAGGAUAAUACUGGCAAGGUAUCACCAGGUGAUAUUCGUUACCUAUUGACCGGUCUAGGGGAAAGGUUAACUGACGAGGAAGUUGAUGAAUUGAUGAAGGGGAUCGAAAUCGACUCUGACGGAUUGAUCGACUACAAGAAAUUUGUUGAAGAUGUAUUGAGACAAUAA